UUAUAUUGUUACUAGGUCAGAAAAGACAGGAUUCUCGAUUUGAAAGGAGCGAUAAUCUCUUACUAACCGAGCGCGAGGACCGCACUGCGGAAUAUUGGCUCGAAGUCGUGGCAGUACGAAAAUGACCUUGGGGCAAUAUUCUCCAGUACGGCUCGAGCAAGCAAGUUUAGCAGGUAGUUUAUUAAAUGGCGCACUCGGGCCGUGCUUGCUUUGUAUUUGCCGGGAUUUGAAAACAAACAAUACUCGGCUUAUGAGCGAUUCCUUGGAAACGGUCGGCAUGGCAAACUCCUGACCAAGAAAGAACCAAUCAGAACACUCGGUUUUACCUCACGACUACCUUGCUAUAUAAUAACAUGGUUUAUUUGAUUCUCUUUCAGGUCGAGCACUAACUGAGAGCUUUUGUAAACAACUCAAACAUGUGUAUGGAAUUGCCGACGAGGUUCCCGAAGAUUACAAAAGCUUGUGCGAGGUGUUUCCCUCAUUUAUGGCACACGCUUCCAGGGAACGACCGCUGUGUAUAGUGAUUGACUCCCUGGAUCAGUUGACGGACGAGGACGGCGCAAGGCGCUUCUUAAAAUGGCUUCCACGUAAACUGCCUGCGCAUGCCUGUAUGAUAGUGUCAACUCUCCCUGAGGAGGGUGGGUGUAUGCAGCGUUUAAAGACAUUUGGAAUCUCAGCCGAACAGUUCUUGCAGGUGACGCGGCUCGACAUGCAUGAUGGUCCUGCUAUCCUAGAUGCUUGGCUUGGAUCAGUCAACAGAAAGCUGACCCUGGAACAGAGAGAGCUUGUUUUAGAGGCUUUUAACCGCUGUCCAUUACCUUUGUACCUGCAUUUGCUCUUUGACAAAUGUCGUUCUUGGCCUUCAUACAAAAAAACCGCUGACAUCACCCUUGCCCCUGACGUCUCCGGAAUGAUACACUCUCUGUACCAGGACCUUGAAAAGUACCACGGUGAAAAGUUUGUGGGAAGAGUCUUGGGCCUAUUGGCCGCUGGGACUGAUGGGAUGAAUUCAGACGAUAUCCUUAAUCUUUUGAGCUGCGACGAGGAACUCUUACAGGAUGUGCUUGUCUGGCAUCAGCCAUCAAAACGCCGCUUGCCACCGCUACUACUGGCUCGUCUGAAGCACGAUCUUGGUCCCUUCUUGGUGGAGAGGGGUGCGCACGGGGUUUCACUAUUGGCGCUCUAUCACAGGCAAUUCUUCGAAGUUGCCAAAGAAAGGUAUCUCAAAGGUGAUCGUCACAGAGNAAAAAAAAAAAAAAAAGGCAAUUCUUCGAAGUUGCCAAAGAAAGGUAUCUCAAAGGAAACUGGACCGACNUACUUCUUCGGAGAGUAUCACGAAAAAUAUGGCAGCGAACGCGCCAUUCCUGCGCAGCCCCACGCCUACUCCUCGGUCGCUCUCAACCUUAGGAAACUGGACCGACUUCCCGUGGCACUUUUCGAGGCGCGCGACUUUGACGGAUUGCGAAGUACUCUGGGAGAUUUAAGGUUUGUCCAGGCGAAGUGCAUGGCGGGAAUGGGAUAUGACCUUCUCGCGGAGGCCACUAAGGCAGUCGGUUGUGCUGUUAGCGAAGACGCUGAUCGUGAGGUGAUUAAAGAUCUUCAAGAUAUUUUGGGAUUCUUACGCAGUGAGAUACAUAUCUUGAGCCGUUUUCCUGCCCUCACAUACCAGCAGGCAGCCAUGUACCCUCAACACGGGUGGAUCGCAAAACAAGCAGAGCAAAUGCGUCAGAAAUUUGAUCAACCCAACCCGAACAAUAUCUCUGCCCCAGAGNUUGGCCAAGCAAUGAACACGAUGGAGUUAAAAUCGGAUCAGAUGAAUUAA